AGGUUCGUGAGGAGUUGGGAGGGGUAGGAGCGGAUGACGUCGCACUGUGAGGAGUUGGGAGGGGUAGGAACGGCUGAUGUCGCACUGUGAGGAGUUGGGAGGGAGGGAGAAGCUACUUCCGCAGGAUGGAAACCUGGGGAGAAGGAGAAGACAUGACAGGAAAUUCAAUAAUGGACGACUUCCAAAAGCGGGAGGAACUCCUGUGAAAAAUGAUGAUGGCAAGAAAAGUCGGGAGAGUAUCUACACAUGCUGUCUGAGAGGACAAGUCAAUGCGGGCCUACAAGCUGGGGACUGUAGCUGGCAAGGCAAUUCAGGCCUGCAGGCAGACUCCUCCGAUGGCCAGACUCCUCCGAUGGCUGCCAACAGAUCUGGUUUGUGUGCUGAAGCUGCCAUGACAGUCAAUAUAUUGGAAUUCUGAAGAACAGGAAGCCUGUCGCGGUGCAAUAUUUUCAACCUCAAUAAAGACAGUCGACCAUGUUAAGAAUUAAUGAAUUCUUGCUUCAAUAUGCCACAUACAGAGAGAAAUCAAUGAUGGCCGACCUUUGCCUGGUUUGAUACUAUCAACGAAAUAUAAAAUAUCGAAAAUAUUUCUUGUUUUACCUCUCAGGCAAACCUCAGUAUUGAUCUGCAUAGCAGCAAACCAAGUUCGAAAUGAUCAACUAUGUAUUUAGUUUCUGUUUAAUAAUUAAAAUCUGUUGAUGAAAUUCCCUAGCAAUUUCCUGAGGCUGUACUUCUGCUGAACUAUCUCGAUUCUGCAAAAAUGUUAGAUGAUAAUUUGAACCGGUGGGUGUCAGCGUAGAGAUCAGAGUUUCAAGUGAACAAUUAACAAGACAUCUCAGAUUGCAUGGUAUUUUUCGCAGAGAAAAUAUCAAAAUUAUGAAAAUGGUUUACUUUGAACUGAUCGUAGUACACAGUUGCAUGGGAAGAAUCGAUAGCCAAUGAAAUUUAAUCUUUACAAGG